UUUGAAGUCCACCAGAUAUUAGUUCCUCUAUCUUGCGCUGGUCACCAUGGAUGAAUCAUUCAGAGAUCGGACUGCUUUUAUACGAGGAGCCAAAGACAUAGCCAAGGAGGUGAAGAAACACGCGACCAAGAAAGUUGGGAAGGGCGUGGACAAGGUGCAAGACGAAUAUACCAAACGCUCCUACACUCGGUUCGAAGAAGACGACGACGACGACUACCCGCCGCAGGAUGGGUACUACCGAGAAGAUCCCGUCAACGACGACGAGGGGGGGUCUAGCGAUGCCACCGAAGGCCACGACGAGGAGGACGAGAUCUACGAGGGAGAGUAUCAGGGCAUUCCUAGGGCUGACUCCAUGAAAGGGGAUCACCUCGCCGAUAACCAGGAACCGGUUACCGAGUUCAAAGACUUUACUGAUCUGGAAGGGCAAAAGAGGAAGGACAAGGAAGAGCUGGCUCAGCAGUACGAGGUAAUCCUUCAAGAAUGCGGCCAUGGACGAUUUCAGUGGACCCUCUACUUCGUGCUAGGACUUGCCCUCAUGGCCGACGGGGUGGAAAUUUUUGUAGUUGGAUUUGUGUUGCCCAGUGCGGAGAAGGAUAUGUGCUUGUCUGACUCCAACAAAGGCAUGCUGGGUCUCAUCGUGUAUCUCGGUAUGAUGGUUGGAGCGUUCCUGUGGGGUGGAUUGGCCGACCGUAUUGGCAGACGACAGUGCCUCCUCAUCUCCCUCUCCGUCAACAGCGUAUUUGCCUUCUUCUCCUCCUUCGUUCAAGGCUACGGGACCUUUCUGUUCUGCCGGCUUCUGUCCGGAGUGGGCAUUGGUGGGUCCAUCCCCAUCGUCUUCUCCUACUUCUCGGAGUUCCUGGCCCAGGAGAAGAGAGGCGAGCACCUGAGCUGGCUAUGUAUGUUUUGGAUGAUCGGGGGUAUAUAUGCCUCGGCCAUGGCGUGGGCCAUCAUCCCUCACUACGGGUGGAGCUUCCAGAUGGGAUCGGCCUAUCAGUUCCAUAGCUGGAGGGUGUUCGUGCUGGUCUGCGCUUUUCCUUCUGUGUUCGCCAUCGGAGCGCUGACCAUAAUGCCAGAAAGUCCUCGCUUCUUCUUGGAGAACGGAAAGCACGACGAGGCCUGGAUGGUUCUCAAACAAGUCCAUGACACCAACAUGAGGGCCAAAGGUCACCCAGAGAGGGUCUUCUCCGUCACGCAAAUCAAGACCAUAAAAUCCGAUGACGAGCUGAUCGAGAUCCAGGCAGAGACGGGAAAGUGGUACAGCCGAUGGUUGAUUCGAAUCCUCAAUUUGUCGCAACAGGUCUGGGCUAACUUCCACCAGUGCUUUGCUCCAGAGUAUCGCCGGAUCACCCUCAUGAUGAUGGCUGUGUGGUUCACCAUGUCCUUCAGCUACUACGGACUGACGGUGUGGUUCCCGGACAUGAUCAAACAUCUGCAGAACAUCGAAUACGCCUCGCGCACCAAAUACUUCGCCAACGAGCAAGUCAUCAGCUUCAACUUCAACUUCACCCUUGAGAACCAAGUCCACAAAAAUGGAGAGUACCAAAACGACAAGUUCAUUGGCCUCAAGUUGAAAUCUGUCAUAUUUGAGGACUCCUUGUUCAAAGACUGCUACUUCGAAGACAUUACGUCCAGCAACACGUUCUUCAAGAACUGCACUUUCAUCUCCACCAUGUUCUACAACACAGACUUGUUCGACUACAAAUUCAUCAACAGCCGGAUCGUUAACAGCACGUUCCUGCACAGCAAAGAAGGCUGCCAGCUGGACUUCAGUGACGACAUCAAUAACGCCUACAUGAUCUACUUCGUGAGCUUCCUGGGGACCCUGGCCGUUCUACCCGGCAACAUCGUGUCCGCGUUGCUGAUGGACAAAAUCGGACGUCUUCGUAUGCUGGGUGAGAAGGAGAAAAUAGAGUCGACUUCCGAUGCGA